ACAUUAAUUAAGGUAAUUAACUACGACUCUCCCCGUGGUAUUAAAGUACAAACAGAAAAGUCGGCUCAAACCACAUCCAAAUUAAUUAUAAAUAAGACAAUGCCUAACGAUUCGGGCAAUUAUAGCUGUUCGCCAUCCAAUGCCGAACCGGCCCACAUCGCUGUCCACGUCCACAGCACCGGCAAUCCGGCCGCCUCUAUACAACACGGCAAGAGAAGUGCCCGAGUAGUGAGGAAUGGAUGUCGACCUAUGGUUACCGUAUGUCGGAUCGACAAGUGA